AUGAGUGUCGACCCCUACCCUCGCUACCCUUACAACACCUUCAUUGACCUCUGGCGCGACUGUUACGCCGUGCCUUCCAUUCACUACCACUCCGUGUCGCGCGACGUCUACCUCCUCCGCUCCCUCACGGCGGCCGAGGCGGCCACGGUGCCGGGCGCGCGGCGCACGCACAAGAGCGCGUGCGGCGUGUGCAGUACGCUGGAGGACCUCGAGGUUUACAAAAACACAACCGACCUCACAACACCUGUUCGCAACUGCGGCCUGAAAAGCCUGCUCGGCUUUGAUCUCAAGGCCUGCAUUCGCAGUCUCGGCUUUUCGGACGC